AUGGACGAAGUGGUUCCUGGUCUCUGGGUGGGCGGGGUGCGCGCCGCCAUGGACGUAAGCUACCUCUCUCACGCCGGGAUCACACACAUCAUUACAUGCAUGAAGCAACAGAUCCCUGUGCCGCCACGGCUCGAAGAUGGACGCACCAUCACGCGCGCCGAGAUGAAGCACGUUCGGAUCGAUGACGACGAAAAGGCGCCGAUCUUGGUGCACUUUGCUGGGUGCAACGAGUGGAUCGCGCGUCAGUUGCAAGAAGAGUGGAUCGCCGACUCGGAUACCCACUCACAAGUCGGUCAGGAUGACGACCAUGUGGAGCUAGUCGCGCAGCUGGUUCAGGGACGACAGAAGCGUGGUGGGCGGUGGGGUAGCUGGCAGACGACGGGAGCGGGUACGGUUCUGGUGCACUGCCAAGCGGGAUGCUCGCGUUCGGUCGCCAUCGUCGCCGCCUACCUGAUGCACACGCGUCGCAUCUCGGCGGUCACGGCGAUCGACAUGAUCCAACGACGUCGAAGCGACGCCGAACCCAACCGUGGCUUUGUAGCGCAACUGGAGCUGUACGAGCAAGUGGGCUUUGAGAUCGACAUGAAAUACCAGGCGGUGCGUCGAUUUCUGAUGAGCAAGACCGAUAUCCUGAACGGCGACAGUAUGGACGAUAUGCUGCUCAGCUAUUAUCCCAGUCCGUAUCCAAGCCCAGCGUUGAAUGCGAGCGGCAUCAAGGAACUCGCCACCAUUCGCCAGGAGGACGACGACAACGAUGCAGUAGCAGCAGUGCCCAAGAGCUGCCAUAAUGCAAAUCAGAAUCAAAGUCAACAUCAAAAUCCAAAUCCGAAUUCAAAUUCAAACUCAACUGCGCUGCUAAACGAAAAUUCAGCUUUGGCCAAACACAAACCACUUUUACCUUGUCGAAGCGCCUCUUGCUGCUCCACCUCUUGCCACUCUUGCACCACCGUCAACACCCAACGCAUUGGCGACGUUUGCUCGACCAGGCUUGCACCGUCGGCUGUAGACCAAGUAGAUCGAUACGCAGCUUCGGAUCGGGUCGAAUCGCUGUGCAACAUGUCGAACGCGAGCAGCAACAGCAACAGCAACAGCAACAGCAACAGCAACAGCAACAGCAACAGCAACAGCAACAGCAACAGCAACAGCAACAGCAACAGCAACAGCAACAGCAACAGCAGCUCGACGACCGAAGUCAAGGUGACGGCGAAUUCUUCCGGUCGUCUGCCCGGUGGAGUGGACCAUGUGAGGGGUCACGAAGGCGUUUUGAACCGAGGCUCGUUAGCGCAACCCAAGUUUUCAGGGCCCAAGUUGCGGUGCAAGGCGUGCAGGCGCGAGUUAGCAGCGUUGGAUCAUGUGGUCAUCCACGAACCGGGCAAAGGGCAGAUGGCAUUUGAGCAUAGAAAACGGGAUGUCGGGUAUGCGGGGCCAAGCGUGGUGACCAACGGUGCUGAUGCAAGCGAUUCGAGUGUUGACAGAGCCAUGCAGCCGCCACGUUCGAAUCCAACUGCGGAUGUGCGGAUGGCCAGUGUGGAGCGUGAAUCGGGCUCAGCAGCAGCUUCAACGUCGACAGUGUCGAGUAGACCCAAGAUACAAUCGGGUGCAUCGUUGGCAUUGCAGCUUGCACCGCAUCUCGCCGCUCUGCGUGGAGCACGUCCGCGAGCCGUCGGCGAUUGCGCGCCUGAAAGCACGCGCGCGCAACAAGGCACCGCGCACUCUGCAUCAACGACUUCCUUGAAACCUGGCAUGCUAAUCCACGCGUCGUGUUCGUCGUACUUUGUCGAGCCGAUGGAGUGGAUGUCGUCGCUCAGCAGCGGCCAGGUCACAGGCCGUCUCGAUUGUCCCUCGCCCAAAUGCGGCGCCAAACUCGGCAGCUGGGAUUGGGCAGGCAUCCAGUGCGCAUGUGGCGCCUGGGUCACCCCCGCUUUCUCGCUCCAUCGCAGCAAGGUCGACCAGGUCUAG